AUGGGACCGGGCCGGGUCGUGCUAUUUCUGGCCAGCAUGUUCCCUUUUGCACGUCCGGGAGCCGCUGCUGAGCUCCACAGUCUUCGUUACAAUGUCACGGUGCUGUCCCGGGAUGGAUCUGUGCAAUCAGAGUUUCUCGGUGAGGGACAUUUGGAUAGUCAGCUCUUCGUGCGCUAUGACAGGGAGACGCGCAGGGCAAGGCCCCAGGGACAGUGGGCAGAAGCAGUCCUGGGAGCUAAGACCUGGGACACAGAGACUGGGGACUUGACAGAGAACGGGAAGGACCUCAGGAGGACUCUGACUCAUAUUGAGGGCCAGAAAGGAGGCUUGCAUUCCCUCCAGGACAUUCAGAACUGUGAGAUCUAUGAAGAUGGCAGCACCGGGGGCUCCCGGCAUUUCUACUACGAUGGUGAGCGCUUCCUCUCCCUAAACCUGGCGACUCAGGAAUGGACAGUGGCCCAGUCCUCCAGAGCUCAGACCUUGGCUAUGAAUUUCUGGAAGGAAGAUACCAUGAAGACCAACACACACUAUCACGCUAUGCAGGCAGACUGCCUGAAGAAACUACGGCGAUAUCAGAAAUCCAGGGUGGCCGUCAGGAGAACAGCACCCCCCAUGGUGAACGUCACCCACAGCGAGGCCUCAGAGGGCAACAUCACCGUGACAUGCAGGGCUUCCGGCUUCUAUCCCCGGAAUAUCGCACUGACCUGGCGUCAGGAUGGGGUGUCUUUGAACCACGACGCCCAGCAGUGGGGGGGGAUCCUGCCUGAUCAGAAUGGAACCUACCAGACCUGGGUGGCCACCAGAAUUCGCCAAGGCGAGGAGCAGAGGUUCGCCUGCUACAUGGAACACAGCGGGAAUCACAGCACUCACCCUGUGCCCUCUGGGAAAGUGCUGGUGUUUCAGAGUCAAUGGCUAGACAUUCCAUAUGUUCUUGGUGUUGCUGCUGCUGCUGUUGCUGCUGCUGCUGCUAUUUUUGUUAUUAUUCUCUAUGUCCUUUGUUGUAAGAAGAAAACAUCAGCUGCAGAGGGUCCAGAGCUCGUGAGCCUGCAGACCCUGGAUCAACACCCAGUUGGGACAGGAGACCACAGGGAUGCCACAUAG